AUGAAACUGCCUAAGGGGUCCAAGAACUCUGUGUUCAAUGGGCAGCACCCAAAGAAGAAGGCGAAGGUGCCCUUAUGGCAGGAGGUAAAGCAGACCCCUAUGAUCAUGACAAUGAUCAAAGGUCCAGGGCCUGCCAAAUACCUGCGGCCAUCCUGCAUAGGCCACCUGGGCCAUGACAGCUCCAUGUUCCGGGAGCCAGCCUGUAGUCUGCACAUGCGGCACGCAGAGAAGCGAAUCACAGACACGUGUAGCCCUGGACCUUGUUAUUUCUUGGAUCCUAAAAUAACUCGGUUUGGAAUGUCCAGCUGCCCACAGAUACCCAUGGAAGAGCGCAUCUCUAACCUGUGCCUGAGCUCCACCCCAGCCUCCUGCCACUACUGCUUGGAGAAGACCCACCCUCCUGGGGAACGCAGGGCUCCGAAGUACACUUUCAGCUACCGGUGCCCAUACAGAGUGAUGGACCCCAAUCCGGCCCCCAACAGCUACCAUCUGCCACGCUUGCUGGGGCCCAACAACCCCAUCAGCCGAGCUGCUCCUUGCUAUAGUUUGGCCUCCACAGACCAGAACUGGUUCUACAAGAAGAAUGUGGCAGGAGGUCCUGGGCCAGCCAUGUAUACCCGACCUGAGCCAUCUGUCUACCAGAACCGCAGCCCCAUCUACAGCAUGGCCAAGCGCUUCACCUACCCAAUGGACCACACACCUCAGCCUGGCCCAGGUUCCCAUGAUGUCCAGCAGGUCACAAUACACAAGCCCAGCACACCUGCUUUCACCAUGGGUAUCAAACACUCACCCCAUCUGUGCUCGUUGGUCAUUGACAUUCAUGACUGA